AUGUCGACAGCGCCAACGCCAUUGGAAACAUCUCCGACACCGUCUAUACCGGAGCAUCAAACAUCGAAGAAAAUGGGCGGUUCCGCCGCAGGGGGUGGAAAUGCACCCCCGAUCACGAGCUCGAAGCGUGACUAUAAGGGCUUUGUUGCUGGGGUAUUCUCUGGUAUCGCGAAGCUGAGUGGUAUAUUCGAUACCGUGAAGGUCCGUCUACAGACGAGUAAAGAUGGGCACUUCAAAGGACCGCUAGACUGCGUGCUACAGACAGUGCGGAAAGAAGGUGUGAGUGGAUUGUACAAGGGAGCAACGCCGCCGCUGGUCGGAUGGAUGGUGAUGGACUCUGUCAUGCUUGGCUCCUUGACGCUGUAUCGCCGAUUGCUCCACGAAAACGUAUUCUCCAGGCCUGAGAUUCGUCGCAUAACGCCCUUUGCCAAAUACCAAGACCUGCACACAUUGCCCAGCUUUGGUCAUGGAAUUGCAGGAAUCAUGGCCGGAACGACAGUCAGUUUCAUUGCCGCGCCUGUCGAGCAUGUCAAAGCGCGGCUGCAGAUUCAGUAUGCAGCUGAUAAAUCGAAGCGCAUGUAUAGUGGGCCGAUCGAUUGCACUCGUAAAAUUCUUCGCACGCAUGGACUCUCCGGCUUAUAUCGUGGCCUGUGCGCCACGAUCUUCUUCCGCUCUUUCUUUUUCUUCUGGUGGGGAUCCUACGAUGUGCUAUCCCGGUUGAUGAGGGAGCGAACGGACCUAUCCACCCCGGCCAUUAACUUCUGGGCCGGUGGUAUCUCAGCGCAGAUCUUCUGGAUCACGUCGUAUCCGUCUGAUGUGGUGAAACAGCGCCUGAUGACGGACCCGAUGGGCGGUGCUCUGGGUGACGGGCAGCGACAGUUCCGGUGGUGGAAAGACGCUGCCGUGGCGGUUUAUCGGGAGCGAGGGUGGAGAGGAUACUGGAGAGGAUUUGUGCCAUGCUUCCUGAGAGCGUUCCCGGCGAAUGCGAUGGCUCUGGUUGCAUUUGAGGGUGCCACGAUGGCCGUCGCACGCCCAAUGCGACGCACAAGUCCCAUCACCUUCUUCCUGGCAGCCUUCCUCGCCUUUGGAUUCCUCUUUUUCCUUCUCUCUCCGUCAUCCUCCGCCGCCACCACCACAACCACCAGAGGAGACACCUCCCAGCAACGCCGCGAAGACGCCGCAGACAAUCCUCUCUCCCCUCCGACAAAACCCUUCCUCAAAUCCCAACCCGUCCGCGAUGACGGCUUCAAAGCUCCUCCACCAGUCGUCCACUACGACCUCAACAAACUCACCACAACCAGCGACUCCGCCGACAAAGGUGAACGAGUCCUCAUCCUCACCCCCUUAGCCCGCUUCUACCAAGAAUUCUGGGACAACCUCGUGCACCUUAACUACCCCCACGAGCUCAUCUCUCUGGGUUUCAUCAUCCCCAACACAAAGGAAGGCUCCGCCGCCGUCUCCGCCCUAGAAUCAGCCAUCAGCAAAACGCAAAACGGGCCCAUCCCCUCCCGCUUCGCCAGCAUCAGCAUUCUCCGCCAGGACUUCGAGCCCCCGCUGCAAUCCCAGGAUGAAAAGGAGCGUCACAAGCUCGAGAACCAGAAGGCUCGUCGCGAGAGCAUGUCCCGCGCCCGCAACAGCCUCCUCUUCACCACCCUCGGUCCGGCAACCUCCUGGGUCCUCUGGCUCGAUGCAGAUAUCGUCGAGACUCCGGCAACGCUCAUCCAGGAUCUGACGGGUCAUAAUUACCCGGUCAUCGUCCCGAACUGCUACCAGCGGUACUACAAUAACGACCACAAGCAGAUGGAGGUCCGGCCGUAUGAUUUCAAUUCGUGGAUCGAUAGCUCCAACGCCCAGUCGUUGGCGGAGAGUAUGGGUCCCGAUGACAUUCUGCUGGAGGGGUAUGCCGAGAUGCCCACGUAUCGAACACUCAUGGCCUAUCUGGCUGAUACGGAGAACCCCAACCCGAGACGUGUGAUCGAGCUUGAUGGUGUCGGUGGCACGGCGUUAAUGGUUAAGGCCGAUGUGCAUCGCGACGGCGCCAUGUUCCCGGCUUUUCCGUUCUAUCAUCUCGUUGAGACGGAGGGGUUCGCGAAGAUGGCUAAGAGAUUAGGGUAUCAGGUCUUUGGGCUGCCGGAUUAUUUUGUAUAUCACUACAAUGAGUGA